UCAGUGACGAUGGGUCUGUACACGAGAAGGCAACGGGUGCCUGCGCGGCUGACCUACACAUCUCCCCCCCUCCAUCCGACCAAAAAAUACGCAACGCCAAAGGUGGACCAGCACGGCUUACACGAGUAUACACAAAGUAGAUAAAACGCGCGCCUUUCUGGCAAUUUGUCUGCUUCACACACUGGUAAGGCCCCACGGCUGGAGUGCGCGGUCGACCGCCUCAGGGGCCGCCACAUACGACAAGAGGAGGCCGAAGUUGGUGACAGGCACGCCCAUCUCGCGCAGAUCGUCCACCCUGCAUACACACACCACUCAUGGCAUAGGAGGGGCUGCGGGUCUGUCUGUCUUGACUGUCUGUUUACUUACGUCUUAGUAGUUACCUGGCUUGCACCUUUUGUUUGUCGAUGUAGCAGCCCCCGCAGUGAAUCACCAACGAAUACGCCCCCAGACCUGAUAGCCAGACAGGACACCAUCAGCACAGCACGCAGGUGUGUUUGCUUGUGUUCGCAUCGUAUAAUGGAUAUGCACACAUGGAUAUGCACACACACAGCUCCACCCACCUUUGUCACUUUGGUCUUCAAUGUCAGGAAACUCCCUCCCGAAGGCAUGAUCGACGGCUAUGCUCGCCCCGCCUUGUGCCCUGAUGUGUCCCGGAAGCUGCACUGUCGCUAUGUCGUUGCACAGCUGGGUGAUCCUGUUGUGAUUGCAGCCCUCAGCUACCAACACACGAUCGCCUGCAGAAGACACAAUGAAGACAGGGCGAGAUUGUGUCUCCUCCUGUCUGUGUGCGUGACCUUGUUUGAUGUGUUUGAAUCUCUCGAGGCCCUCCACGAAUGUGGGCAGCUGGCCGCCGCUCUGUCUGUGCAGAAGGGCGAUGGAGAAUGUGGUGAUGUCGAUCAGCGGCCGAUUGGUGACCGGAUCCAGCGUCCACGGGUGCACGAUAUCCAUCGCCUGAACAACACACAGAGACACGGACGGGUCGAUCGUUUAUAUGUUCACGUGCACCCUAUGUGUGGAGCGAUGGAGCCUACUUGUGAGUCUGUGAUGAGCAGCUUGGGUCCUGCGGUUUGCUGCAGGACCAUGUUGAGCAUCUUGAGGAAGCGGCUCUUCUCCUCCUGCACCUCUGCUGGGUCGCUGCUGCGAGCCUGAAGCACACACAUUGCCUGCAUGAUACGCCAUGUACGUCAGUGCAGGCUGUGACAUUGUACCUUUGCCAGGUCCAUCCUGUAGGCGACUGUGGUCCCAUAGUGGCGAAUGAUCGACUCCUGCACCAUCGCCUGCAGCAAGAACACUCACUCAGAUUACUCACAUAAUAGCCCGACCAAUUCAAUGGAGGUGUGUGUUUGCGAACAUGUACCUGUGGGCGCAGCAGCCUGCCUGCGGGCGUCUCUGCGUCCAUGGGGAUGUUAAGGAAGAACACACUGUCGGCCGUCAAGUAGGACUCGGGCACACAGGGAAGGUCGUCGUGAUACAUACUGCCGUGAGCAGGGGACGACUGACGGAAGGAAGGACGACACGAGUGUGCACACGUGUGGCUUAGUUUGCUGUCUGUGUUUGUGCUCACCUGUAUGAACUUGACAAGUCGGUCUGAUGCCUCUGGGGCGCCGAGGUCGAGACACAGUACUCUGUGCAUCGAUGAAGGGUCGAGCAUCUCCAGCAGACGAACCACGCCAUCCUGAUUGAGAAUCCAUCCACACAGGCAGACAGAGCCAGUCACUUCUCAUGCGCAUUGCAUUCGUAUGGACGGACAGAGAGACACACCCAUCUGUCUGUCCUGUCUCACAGACCUCGAUCUGUCUCCUGGUCCAUCCCUGGGUCGCGCCCUCCUGCUCCUUGAUGUUAAAGACUAUGCUGACCUCCUUGUGCCUCUUCUCGCCCAUCUCGAUCAGGUACCGCUCCCACUGCAGGGCAUCGGGGGACGCCAAAGUGGGCUCCGUCGGUGAGAGCUUCUGCAACGGGUCCACGACCAGCAGCGCGAUGUCGCUCUCCUUCAACACGCUGCAAGGAUGGAGGACGAAGACGUAUACAUAGUGCCCGUUGGUUCUUUUGGUGUGUGCGUGCGUCCCCCACCUGAUCGUCUUCCUGCGCUUCUUCUCUCCGAGCUCGCCUCGUUCGUCAAUGCCGGCCGUGUCGAAGAGCUUGGUGGGCCCGAUGUCGUGCAGCUCCAUCAGAGUGAUCUUCGUGUCGGCCGUCGUGCCGGGCGUUGCAUCCACAAUAGACAAGUUGGAACGUGUCAACCUGCACUCACGUCCAUGCGUGUAUCCAACUGCCCGCCGCAUGUCGUGUGUGCACCUACUUGUUCAUGAGUGUGGAUUUGCCGGCAUUCAUGGCGCCGAAGAAGCCGAUGUUGAUCCUGGGCAGCUCGCUCGCACCGGGGGACUUGGGGGCUGCUGGUGAUGGCUUGGAGGAGAAAGAUCGCCUUGCAAGUGUGUGGUGGCUGCGGACAUGCUGAUAGAAAUGCGGUGGGUCGCCCCACACCGCUUUCGCCGCCUCCUUGCCUACAACACAUGCAUCCGUACGUCCACAGACAGCAGAUGGAUCCAUGUGUUGACUGACGGGUGCUCUGCUUCUAUGUGAGUGCAGCAUACCGAUGGAUUUGAGUCUGAAGUUGAGGCACUCCUUGCACUGCUCGGCCGUGUCGGUGAUGCACGGCUUGCCCUCGUACAGCUGGUAGUUCUCUCUGGACAGACCGGGCCGCACACACAGAUGGGUGUCAUUCCGUGUGGAUGCGUACGUGCGUCUGUCUAUGUGUACCUGAAUUGUGUGGGUGUGAGGAUGGGCAUCAGCACGUUAGCACCUCUCCGCAGUGCGACCUCGCGCCCGUUGGCAUUGAUCGCUUGCAAAGCUGCAGAGAGGUUGUGUAUGGACAUAGAGAAUGCGUGUGUGUGUAAGGGCAUGUGUGCGUCCCUCCGUACGGUAGGUACCUGUUGUGGCGGCGAUGUUGAUGUUGCCCAUGGUGAUACGGCAUAUGCUGAUCAGGACCGUGGUCAAGUCGAACAUCUCAGCCAUGUGCUCCUUCUUGUCAACAUGCCCGUACUGAGCUUGCCUGCGUGUCCAUCGGCACAAAUGUGGACGCAGAAGCGUGCAAGUGGGUACGUGUGUGCCUAGAGUAUCUACCACAUGUCUGCCACAGGUGUGUCUUCCUGUGUGAUGUAGGGCCCCAUGCCCACCAUGUCGAUAUCCUCAUCGCGAAAAAACACGAUGUCCCUGACAGACACGGAUGCAUCAUCGAAACGCACUCUUGUCAGCACAGAGUCCAGCCACGCACCUGGCAAGAUCCUCGAGAGUCUGUCCCGGGAUGCCAAUCAUCACACCGCUGCCGACCUGAAAGCCAACUUUCUUGAGCAGUCGAAGACACGCCAGCCGCUUCGCAAAGCUGCAUAAAGAUGCCCAUCGUGUGCACUCAGACACGUCUGUGCACGUUCAUGCUUACGGUUGCGUGGGUGGGUGUAUCUUGCUGUACAGUUCAGGGUUUGACGACUCGAUCCGCAGCAGAUACCGGUGUCCCCCGGCCUCAUGCAGCCGCCGGUAGUCGGCUUCGCUCAACUCACCCACUGAUAACGCUAUGCCGAUACCUGCGUCCACAUACACAUUCAGACGAAGACGUUUGGAUUCGUCCUGUGCAUGUUCGCGGACUCACGUACCUUUGUCUUUGAAUCGUGGGUCCGAGCCGAUGAAUGACUCCGACCGGACCUCUUCGAUCAGCUCGUCGAUUGCGGGAUCCUCAGCCUGGUUGCUGUGCCGCCGGUGGCGCUUCUCCUUCUCCAGAUUAGUCAACACCGUCUCGCGCCUACAGAUUGACACACAUACGUGCCCUUACACACAUCUGCAUUUGCAUUGUUUGCGCCGAUCCAUGUGUGCGUGGCGCACCUGAUGGCUGUGAUGACGUCUGUGAGGUACUUCAUUCUUGCAGGGUGGUUCAGCUCGCCACUCUGCAGCAUGACGGACCCAUAGCCGUUGUCGUGCGCCCACAGAGCUAUCGACAACAGCUGCUUCUUGCUGAUCGUGUACCUGAUCAACACAACAACCAUAAGCCAGCACGUUCGUGGGUAUUUGAAGAUGAUCUUGGUGUGUGUGCGUGAAUUGGGUGUGGCUCGGCUCACCGCUCCACGUUGGGUUGGUUCUUGCGUAUGCCACAGUACAGGCAGUCGUUCUGGCACACGUUGGAGAACUCUAUCAAGCCACGAUAGAACACCUCUGAAACACAACACACAUACAUACACACAAAGCCAGAUCUACCAUACCAAUCCCACCACACGAGGAAUACAAUACGCCUUCCUUCGAUGCUUACUUACUGUUGCCAAAGAAUCUGCGAGUGACUUCGUUUGCAUGAGCGAAUAGUGCCUCCCGCACCCGCUCAUCCCUCGAUCCCUCCUUCCAGCACAUCUCCAUCAGCCCAUGGAUCUCAUUCUGUCCCAGACACACCACCUCGCCCAGACCGAUGCCCCUCUUCAACACGUCACCCAACACACCUAACACAGACAGAUCAGAUAGACGCUUGCAAUGCAUCAACACCGAGUGAUGGUGUUCCUUCCUUCGUGUACGUACCUGCGGCUGCAUGUGCAUCCAUCAUCGGUGCGUACAGCGGCGCGCCAUCGUUGUUGGUGUUGAUCUGUGCAGCCUUCGGGAUGGCGAGAAAAGGAGAUGUCGAUGCCCGUGGCACAGAUGACGACGCCUGUGACGCGAGAGUGGACAAGAACCGGGACGGCAGGAUGGACAGCGCCCGCAUGGGCUCCACCGAGGACGGCAAAGCCCAGAAAAGGGGUCGAGCCAGCAUCAGCUCUUGAUCACCAAAAAUGAUGUCGGUUUCACUCUGCUUUCGGCAUUUCUCUCUGAUGUAUCAUCCUCUGAGUACCGCAGCCGACUCACCGAGGAGUUCUGUCAGACAAAUUGGUGCAAC